AUGGCCAUAGGAGUUCUGUUGCUGCUGAUUUUGACCUGUGUUCAUAUCAAUCAUCACAUCUACCACCAUGAGAUCCCUUUAAAUAACUACUUUGAAAACUUGACUGGAGAGAAGACUUUUUACGAGGAAAAAAUCCGGGACUGGCCCAAGUGUGAACCAAACACAUCUGCAGCCAACAUCUCAGGCUUCCACACUCUCCCAGCUCAUAUUCAAAACUUUCUCUUCUACCGCCACUUCCCAACGCUCCUGGACAUUCCUGACAAGUGCGGCGGCCCGGGAAAGUCAUCUGACGUUUUUCUAUUGUUGGUCAUUAAAAGUUCACCGGGAAACUACGAGCGGAGAGAGGUCCUGCGCAAAACAUGGGCCCAGGAACGGAAAGUCAACAAUUUGUGGAUCCGAAGGGUUUUCAUCUCUGGGACCUCGGGCAGCGGCGAAGAGAAGAUGAGACUAAACAAGCUUCUACGAGCAGAGCAAAACGAGAAUAACGACAUUAUCCAGUGGGACUUUGACGAAUCCUUUUUCAACCUGACCUUGAAGCAGAUACUGUUUCUGGAGUGGAUGGAGAAGAACUGCCCCAACACCAGAUUCUUGCUAAACGGUGAUGACGAUGUUUUCGCCAACACGGACGCCAUGGUCGAGUAUCUCCACGGGCUGCCGGGAAAUAACGGAAGCAGUCAUUUAUACACUGGGUUUGUUUUUGAAAAUACUGGACCGGUCCGAGCUACUACCAACAAAUAUUUCAUUCCAAAACAAAUCCAAGAGUCCAACACGUACACACCGUACUGCGGCGGUGGUGGUUACCUACUGUCCGGCUACACGGCUAUGGUCAUUCACGCCAUGUCCAAAUCCAUUGACGUCCAUCCUAUUGACGAUGUCUACGUUGGUAUGUGUGUGGAGAAAGCAGGACUGGCGCCAACCUUUCACACUGGGGUAAAAACACUGGGACUUAUGAUUAAUGGGAAACAAGAAAUAAACCUGGAGCAAGACCCAUGCAUUGUUAAAAAUCUGCUGCUGGUCCACAGGUUUCUGCCUUCUCAAAUCUACCUCAUGUGGGACAGAAUAAACAAUCGGCACAUCAGCUGUGGUGGGCUUUGA